GGCAUAACGGCAAAUUACCCGCAAAAUAUUUCCCCGGACGCGAUUCCUCAUCAAAAACCUCUCAACCUUUUCUCUCAUAAACCCUCGCUUGGUUCCUUGCCGCCGCCAUGGCCGGACUGAGCCGCCACCUCUCCGCCGUGGCCUCGCCCAUGCGCCGCUUUGGCCUGCUCCCCUCCAGAGCGUUCGGAUCGGCGGCCGCGGUCCAGUGCGACGACUACUACUUCGACUCUUACUCGGACGAGGAGGAGGAGCGGGGCCGGGGACCCCAGCCAAGGCUUGGGACGGAGCGGCUGGUCCCGGGGAGGGGAGUGCAGUGGGUGAUCAUGGGAGACAGGGGUGCUAACAAGCACCUCUACGCGGAGAGGCUGGCGAAGCUUCUCGAAGUCCCGCAUAUAUCCAUGGGAUCGCUCGUCCGGCAGGAGCUCAGCCCUCGCUCUUCUCUCUACAAGCAGAUUGCGAGCGCAGUGAAUGAGAGCCAGCUGGUUCCCCAGGACGUGAUCUUUGCGCUGUUAUCGAAGAGAUUGGAGGAAGGAUACUAUCGAGGCGAAGCGGGAUUCAUCCUGGAGGGUCUUCCCAGAACGAUGAUCCAAGCUGAGAUCCUUGACCAGAUUGCUGAUAUUGAUCUAGUGCUGAAUUUCAAGUGCAAAGAGGAAUCCACAAGCUUGCACAAGACUACUCUGAGUCAUAGAUUGACACCACAGGGUGAACAAAUGAUUUCUACCGAUCUUGCCUGGAAGGAGAAGUUCGCCUUUUAUGCUGAGCAGAGCAAACUGUUGGAAGAUUACUACAAUAAGCAAAAGAAGCUCCUCAACUUUCAUGUUGCCAGUGGACCUGGAGAAACCUGGAAAGGACUUUUGGCUGCACUACAUCUUCAGCACAUGAAUGUCGUCGAUUCUUCCCCCCAGAAGUUAACCGCCUGAGCAGCAUUCCAUUUGGGGUCGUCUUAUGGCUCAUCUUACUUAUUCGUUUGCAGCGCGGCGUAUAGUAAAUAGAUACGAGGUUUGAUAGAUCGAGUUUUUGUGCUUCUCAUUGUGGCGAAUGUCCCAAUUUUGUCUGGUGUGGAGGCUUACUUUCUCCAAUGAGAAAGAAUUCGCCCUUGGUUUUUGUGAUGUAGUUUGAGGAUCUUGAGAAAAAUGAACUCCCAGCUUGUGUAACCCAUCAACUAUUGGUACUGUUCAUAUAUCAAUAUUUUGCUCAUCC